CCUGGCGAUGGUACGCACACCGUGUCGUCCCAACAAGCCGCAAUGGUUAAUGCACUGCGACCAGGGAACGCUGCUCUAAUGGUCGUACAAGGGCCGAAUGGACCAAUGGUUUUGAAUACGUCCGCAAUGCACCCCGGCAUGAUACCACAAAAUCUCGUACCAGUCGGAAUUGCCCAGGGAAUUCAAGGUAUGCAAAGUAUGCAGAGUGUACAAAGACAACAACAGCAGCAACAUCAACAACAAGUGCAACAGCAUACAAAAGCAAUAACAAGCCGCUGUAAAAAACGUCGUCCGGAAAGCGGAUCAGGAGAAAUGAGCGUGGGGGAGUACUUAGCACUCGGUAUGGACGAAAAGGGUAGAGCUGACAGUGCUUCUUGUGGUACUGAAAGCCCAGACAUGGCAGGCGAUGCACCUCCAGCGUUGGAUAGGGGAGACUCAGUAGAUGAUCCAUCACCUCCUCCAGUCUCAGAUGCAGCCAAAUCCUUAGAAUCGAUAUUUGUUAGAGAAGCACUGGCAUUUCGAGCAAGGGGUGGUGGUUGUGGAAAACCGUUAGUGCAUUACAUGGAUGGUUUCACUAUUGAGGAGUCAGAUGUUCCUUUUCCACUUGCUCAGUAUGACAAAAUUACCGAGCUAGUCUCUUCUGAGGUUUUGGAUGACAUUAUGCCGCUCAUCGCGGACAUCGACGUGAAGAAUAAAGUUGACGAAAAGGGUAGGUUAUCUAAGUCGUGCUCUGAAGUAGUUGAUAAUAUGGGAGACUUUCUUCUUAAUUUCUAG